GAACCCACCAUUAUAAUGUAUCAUAUUAUGUUUCAGUUUUGCGAAUCAAAACCAGAAUUCGGUGCCAAACUCUUUUUGCCUUGGGCUGCUUGGGUUUGUGUGUGGACAGCAUUAUUUCUAAUUGUGCUUGCAAUUUUCAAUGCAUGCACAGUUAUCUCAAGGUUUACAAGAAUUUGCGAGGAAUUAUUUGGAAUGCUAAUCACUGUCCUUUUUGUUCAACAAGCUGUAAAGGGUGUGUUGUACGAAUUCCUUCCAGCAGAGGAUGGAGAUGGAAACUCAGAAGAUUCAAAAUUCCAAUGGAGGUACAUAAAUGGCUUACUGGCUGUGAUAUUCUCUUUUGGGUUACUUCUGAGUGCGAAGCAAAGUAGAAAAGCAAGACAUUGGCGAUAUGGGACAGGGUGGCUAAGAGCUUUAAUAGCAGAUUAUGGGGUUCCAUUGAUGGUGGUGUUUUGGACUGCAUUAUCGUACACAAAACCAACCAAAGUUCCAUCUCGAGUUCCUCGCAGGUUGUUUUGUCCACUGCCCUGGCAAUCUGAAUCUCUCUACCACUGGACAGUAGUGAAGGACAUGGGCAAGGUACCCAUCUUUUAUAUUGUGGCGGCGGUUAUACCUGCUCUCAUGGUUGCUGCUUUAUACUUUUUUGAUCAUAGUGUUGCUUCCAAGAUGGCUCAGCAAAAGGAAUUUAACCUUCAAAAACCUUCUGCUUACCACUAUGAUCUUUUCUUGCUUGGACUCAUGACUCUACUUUGUGGUCUUCUUGGGCUUCCUCCAUCAAAUGGAGUCCUACCUCAAUCACCAAUGCAUACAAAGAGUCUUGCAGUUCUUAAUAGGCAGAUUAUCCGAAAGAAGACGGAGAAGAAAGCAAAAGAAGUGCUUAAGAAACAAGGCAGCCACGCAGAAUUAUUUGGCAGGAUGCAAUCUGUUAUUAUAGAAAUGGAUGCAGAUCCUACUUUUAAAGAAAUGGAGAAAUUGAAAAAGGCAGUGAUGAAAUCUGAGGAUGAGAAGGAAGGUGAAAAAAAUGUUGAAAGUUUUGAUAUGAAACAAAUAGAGGAGCAUCUACCUGUACGUGUUAAUGAACAAAGGCUUAGCAACUUGUUGCAGUCUCUUAUGGUUGGGUUAUCAGUUUUGAUGAUCCCCAUCAUAAGAAAAAUACCUACAUCAGUUUUGUGGGGAUAUUUUGCUUUCAUGGCCAUUGAUAGUCUCCCUGGCAAUCAAUUCUGGGAAAGGUUCUUGCUACUCUUUAUCCCAAGAAAUCGCCGCUACAAAAUUUUGGAAGGUCCACAUGCAAGUUUUGUGGAGCUGGUACCAUUCAAGGUGACAGCAUUAUUCACAGGGUCGCAAUUGGUGUAUUUCUUGAUUUGUUACGGGAUGACGUGGAUACCAACUGGAGGAAUACUGUUCCCUUUGCCUUUCUUCCUUCUCAUACUCAUUAGAGAGCAUCUCCUUCCUAAGUUCUUCAAAGCCCAACAUCUUCAUGAACUUGAUGCUUCUGAGUACGAGGAAGUUGCUGGCGAUCCUACUGUUUCUCAAAUGAUACCCCUCAUGAUGGAUAACGAGCAGAGUAACACGGAUGAUGAGGAUGAUAAGUUAGGUUUGGGAGCAGAGAUAUUGGAUGAGAUGACUACUCACAGAGGAGAGUUGAAACAUAGAACUCUAACAAGAUUAGAUAGAGAAUCCCAUUCUCAUUCUCAAGAACCUCCUCAUCAACAAUAAUGCUCAAGUCUCACUACUCUAUUGGCUUUCUUAUAAUUAUUGGCAUGUAGCGUUAGAAUUGAUCAUGAUGUGAGUGGAAUCCUAUCAAAGGGGAUUGGAAUGCUCAAGUUUCUUCAAAUAAAAUGCAAAGGAUUCAACCAUGGGAACUAUAAAGAAAUGCACAUAGAGAGAUGACUUGAGUAUUGAAAUAGGUUUCAGUAUAUUAGAAUAUUCUCGAGUUUGACGCUCGAUUUUGUUCAUUACUUGACCAUGACAAAUCCCAGAUCAGAGGGAAAAGAAUAAGAGUUCAUGUGAUAUGAGAAAAUUAAAAGGGACAAAGA